AUGGGGAAUAUAAUGUCAGCUAGUUUUGCGCCAGAAUGCACCGACUUAAAAACGAAAUAUGAUAGUUGCUUCAAUGAAUGGUACAGCGAAAAAUUUCUGAAGGGAAAAUCCGUUGAGAACGAGUGCUCAAAACAAUGGUAUGCUUACACUACAUGUGUUAACGCAGCUCUCGUCAAACAAGGUAUCAAGCCUGCUCUAGACGAAGCAAGGGAGGAGGCGCCGUUUGAAAAUGGCGGUAAACUAAAAGAAGCUGAUAAAUGA